CGCUGUCCGUUGAGAAUAUUAUGUAGCGCAUUUUGGAACUGAGUGAAGAGGAAGCCACGUUGACACAAAAAGUUGUAUUUUUUGUGUUUUGUCGUCGUCACUCUACCGUCACGUCGUCGACUUACACCUGUCAACUCAGGAGUCGCCCCUGGAACAUUUAGGUAACGGUCACAGGCGCCACAUCAUCUGACAGGAUGAGUGUUGGAUUCAUUGGAGCGGGCCAGCUGGCUCACGCACUGGUGAAAGGAUUCACAGCUGCAGGUGUGAUUGCCACUAAUAGGAUUACAGCCAGCUCCCCAGACUCAGAGCUGCCUACUGUAUCGGGGCUGAGGAAAAUGGGGGUGCACCUGACAUCUAGCAACAAAGAGGCCGUCAAUAAGAGUGAUGUGCUCUUCCUGGCUGUGAAACCCCACAUCAUCCCCUUCGUACUCGAUGAGAUUGGGCCAGACAUCGAGGACCGUCAUCUCAUAGUCUCGUGUGCGGCAGGCGUCACCAUCAGCUCCAUAGAGAAGAAGCUGCUUCAGUACCGUGCCGCUCCUAAAGUCAUGAGGUGUAUGACUAACACCCCAGUGGUGGUGAGAGAGGGAGCUACAGUUUAUGCCACUGGGACUCACGCAGAGAUGGAGGACAGCAAGUUACUGGAGCAGCUGAUGUCAAGUGUGGGAUUCUGCACAGAGGUGGAGGAAGACCUCAUCGAUGCUGUCACCGGGCUCAGUGGCAGUGGACCAGCCUACGCAUUCACAGCACUGGAUGCUCUUGCAGAUGGAGGCGUGAAGAUGGGUCUGCCAAGAAGACUGGCUGUCAGACUCGGAGCUCAGGCCCUAUUGGGAGCAGCUAAGAUGCUGCUGGACUCUGAGCAGCACCCCGGCCAGCUGAAGGACAACGUGUGCUCACCAGGGGGCGCCACCAUCCACGCCCUGCACGUCAUGGAGAGCGGCGGCUUCCGCAGCCUCCUGAUCAACGCGGUGGAGGCAUCAUGCAUCAGGACACGGGAGCUGCAGUAUCUGGCAGACCAGGAGCGCAUCUCCCCAGCAGCCAUAAAGAAAACUACCCUGGACAAGGUGCUGCAGCAGCCCGGAGUCACAGUCAGCGGAGCGAGUAACGGCAGAACGGGGCUCAACCUGUUCAACAACCGCAGCCCCAUCAAGAAGAAGAACUGAGAACACAGAGGCAGGCUCACACACACGUCACAGGUUUAUACACACAUCGCCACUCUGGCAGGAGGACCGGUCACACACAUCCAAAUUAUUUUACAAAAACGCCAAAUGAUAUAUACAUACUUGAGUUACAUAAGGACUGAGGACCUGUUACACUACAAAAAGGCGCAGGUGCAUUCAGGUGUGUUGCCCACGAUUAUCGCCUGAUGUUGGGAUGCAGCGUUAAUGUCUACACAGGCACACACAUCCAAAUACACACCGAAGUGCAAAAGUGCAUUUACAAUCUGCUGUCGGUAUGUGUUUAACGGUAAUGACCCAGUGGGCCAUCAUGGGAUCCUGGUGCACAGAUGGCUGCUGGGAUACCAUCAAGCUCUUAAUGUUUAUCUUUAAUGUCCUUUUUAAAACCGAGGUGAAUCUACAAUGUCAAUCAUUCUGUUCCUUUUUUUGUUUUUUACCAACAACAGUAUUAUACUGUUAACAGAUACGGAGUGUGGACUUUUAUUUUUCCUUGUUUUAUUUUCAUUUAUAAAACUAUUGACUUCAUUGACAAAAUGACUUCCUUGCCGAGUUACAACAACCUUUUCAAGCACAUUAGGAACUUGGUGCCUUUGACCCUGGGACCCACAACAUACAUACAGGUCAUUCCAAGCUUUAAAUCUUCUCUGAUGUCAUCCUCAAAUCACUUUGUUUAUUUCCUGUUUGUUAAGGACAUUAUGGGUCUUAACCCCAGAACUGUUAUCUUGAACCUCCUGAUGUUUUAUAAUAUAUUGGCACUUUGAACAUGUUCUCUCAUAAAGGAAUGGGAUGUUGUUACGUGAAUGGUCCUAAAAGAAAUGCAUCUACAUAAAGAAUCAAGAUUAUAUGAAGAUGUAUUCAUAUAGAUUUAGUCCGUCCUAAUUUUGUAUUUUUAUCCUAAUUUUACAUGUAAUGUAUUUUUCUUUGUUUGGCACAUCUACUACAAAGCUGGUGUCAAUAUUAAAUGAGCAGAAUUGAA